AAUCUGUGCGCUGUCCAGUGUUGAAUGUGAAGCCGGUGGUUCAGUGCUGCGUGAGUAUAUCGCGGCGAGGUUAUUUCACAGGAAACGGAAAGAAAAAAUCUCAAAAAUGCUCCUCAGGUCUGCUCUGCUAGGCUCACUGCUCCUACAUCUUACCCUUGGUGCUGCUGUGUGCGACGAGGAGAAAUUCGAUCAGGUCGCCGGGACUCUCCUACUGUAUUCGACGACUUCUAACACACAACCAGUCGACAAAGCCGGUCUGGAGGCCUCGUGUAUGAGUGAUAACAAAACUUUCGAAUGGAUCGAAGACUACACGAGAACGUGUAUCAAAGGAGUAGCCGGAGGCGUCAUGAGGCUGCUCCUAGAUAGCUCGGGAGAAGAGCUCCACGGUCGCUGCUACGGUGAGAAGCAGACCGAGUAUCUGAAGCAUACACCGUGCUGGAAUACAGCGUCCGCUGAGCUGAGUGCCUGCAACAAAGAAAUGACUGCGUUGAUGGAGGCCGCCGUGAAGCUCGAGAAGAGACAACACCUACUGGCCCACAGUUGUUGUUCCAUCCAGACCUACUCCAAAUGCAUGGAGACUCGAGCCCGCGCCAAGUGCCCGGAGGAGGCCGCGGAGUUCCUCAAAGAUAUGGUUUACCGCAUCGGCGAGAACCUGCUUGAUGGCCCAUGCGGUAAAUUCACACCCGAGUCCAAAGAGUGCACGGAGCUCCCGAAACCGAUGAUUCCCAAGAAGCUCAAGUACCGAUCUUUCGUCCCGGCAAUGAUCAAUGUUCUCAACCACUAUGGAUGAUCGUCGAUGUUUAAUUAAAAAGUAUCCAUAAUAAAAUCGGAUGAAAGAUGUUUCUCCCGUGGGAAGGACCU